AGGACCGCAGCUGAAUGCACAACUAGAAGGUUGGCUUUCACAAGUACAGUCUACAAAAAGACCUGCUAGAGCCAUUAUUGCACCCCAUGCAGGAUACACGUACUGUGGGUCUUGUGCUGCCCAUGCUUACAAACAAGUGGAUCCAUCUAUUACACGGAGAGUUUUCAUCCUUGGGCCUUCUCAUCACGUGCCCCUCUCUCGAUGUGCACUUUCCAGUGUGGACAUAUAUAGGACACCUCUCUAUGACCUUCGUAUUGACCAAAAGAUUUACGGAGAGCUAUGGAAGACAGGGAUGUUUGAACGCAUGUCCCUACAGACUGAUGAAGAUGAGCACAGUAUUGAAAUGCAUUUGCCUUACACAGCUAAAGCCAUGGAAAGGUCAAAGGUUCCGUUACAGUUACUAUGAUGAAUCCCAGGGGGAGAUUUAUAGAUCCAUUGAACAUCUAGAUAAAAUGGGUAUGAGUAUUAUAGAACAAUUAGAUCCUGUAUCUUUUAGCAAUUACUUGAAGAAAUACCAUAAUACUAUAUGUGGAAGACAUCCUAUUGGGGUGUUAUUAAAUGCUAUCACAGAACUCCAGAAGAAUGGGAUGAAUAUGAGCUUUUCCUUUUUGAAUUAUGCCCAGUCCAGCCAGUGUAGAAACUGGCAAGACAGUUCAGUGAGUUACGCGGCUGGAGCACUCACGGUCCACUGAAACUGAAUCCUCAGGGAUGCCACCUGCACAUACUCAUGUUCUGCCCGGGUCCCAGCCCAGCCCUUACCGAGACAUUGGUUUUGGUUGGGGGGAUUCUGAAACCUCAAACUAAUAGAACUUUCUUCUCUUCUUUUCUAGUAGGUGUAGUCCUUCUUAAUUUCAACUCAUUAAGUAAAUGCUUUAUAGUUUUGGGCAGUGGAAUGAAGGCUGGCAUCAAAAAAUAUUUUGAUUAAAAGAGACGUCAAUGUAAAGGCCAAAUUGUGGCAGUUUUUUGGAAGUGACUUGUAAAGCAUUUAUCAUAUCCUAAAUUUGCACUCUUUGCAGACUUGUGCACAUAUACUCCGCUUUCAAAUAGUUUUGCAAAUUGUACACAAACAAACAAAAUAAGGGUGGAAGCUUUUUAAUAAAGAAUUGCAUUUAUAAAUGAUCUGUAUUAGAACACAAUAAACCCCAGUUAAUAGACAAUUACUACCCAUGUUGUACAACAGAUACCUUCUAUUUUAGUUGCUAAUAAAGGGCUACACAACUCAAAA